CAUAAAAGAAUAAAGAAAAGGGUUUUCUGUGCUGCGUUGAGAAGAAGAGAAAAAGCUAAAAGACAAAACCGAGAGAGAGAGAGAGAGAAGACAAAAUUCCCACCAUCCAAACAAGAGUUUUUUUUUUUUUGGUAUAAAAAAACAAAAGAAGACUAAUUGGUUUCACUCUGUUCUGGCUAUCGCCAUCAUAGUCUAUUCGUACAGCUUUUACUUCCUUCACUUCUCUCUCUCUAACCACUUUUCUCAGUCUCUUCUUUUGAUUUGAUUCCCACAUCCUCUGUUUUUCAUCUCUCUUUGAGUGUUUAGCAUGUGGGUUUGGUGAAAAAGCGGGAGUCGGAGAGCACUCAGCGAGUCAAUUUUUCGCAGAUUUGAAAUUUUCCGGUUGGCGAUCUCUGUUUCUCAUCUGGGUCUGUCGUGUUGUUGGGUUGACGAUGACUGUGGAGGACAGAAGCGGUCCGUUGACGAGUCAAGACGGCGCCACGGAAGGAUUUCCAGUGGGUAUGCGUGUGCUCGCCGUUGACGACAAUCCAACUUGUCUAAAAAUUUUGGGGAAUCUUCUCCGUAAAUGCCAGUAUGAAGUGACGACGGCCAAUCAGGCAAUUGAAGCACUGAAAAUGUUGAGAGAAAACAGAAACAAGUAUGACCUGGUUAUCAGUGAUGUUAAUAUGCCAGACAUGGAUGGAUUUAACCUCCUAGAACUUGUGGGGCUUGAAAUGGACCUACCUGUCAUCAUGUUAUCAGAACAUAGUGACACCAAGCUUGUUAUGAAGGGGAUUGCUCAUGGUGCUUGUGAUUAUCUAUUGAAACCCGUGAGAAUCGAGGAACUCAAGAACAUUUGGCAGCAUGUGGUGAGGAGAAAGAAACUUGAUUCAAGGGACCAGAACAAGUCCCUCAAUCAAGAAAGGUCUGGUUUUGGAAGUGGAGAUGGUGGGCAAGGGGCCACGUCUGCUGGAAAUACUGAUCAGAGUGGGAAAGUGAAUAAAAAACGGAAGGAUCAAAGUGAGGACGAAGAGGACGAAGGGGAAGAGAAUGGACAGGAGAAUGAUGACCCGGCGACUCAGAAGAAGCCUCGGGUUGUUUGGUCCGUGGAGCUGCACAGGAAGUUUGUUGCAGCUGUCAACCAAUUGGGUCUUGAGAAGGCAGUCCCGAAGAAAAUUCUUGAUCUGAUGAAUGUUGAUGGCCUUACAAGGGAAAAUGUAGCAAGCCAUCUGCAGAAAUAUAGGCUUUACCUAAAAAGGAUCAGUAAUGUGACAACACAAGGUAGUAUUGUUGCUUCAUUGGGAGGUAAAGACUCUUACUUUCGCCUAGGCCAGGUCGAGGGUUUUGGAGAUUUUCGAACCUUGACUGGACCCGGAAGACUUCCAAACGCUGCUCUGUCAUCGUACCCGCAAGGUGGUAUGCUUGGUAGAUUAAACUCUCCAUCUGGCUUAACCAUCCGUGGAAUUAAUUCUUCGAGCAUGAUCCAACCGGCUCAUCCCCAAAUUUUAAGCAGCUCAAAUACUCUUGGAAAGCUUCAGGCAACCAUGUUGCCUGCAAACCAAAAUGCAAAUUUGUUUCAAGGGAUUCCAACAGGAUUAGAGAUUACCCAGAUGCCACAGAACAAAUCUGUCCAGAUAGGAGACUUCAACCGGAUUAAUGAUCAGACGAUGUUUGGAGUCCCCACGAACUUCCCAGAUCCCAGAGCUGCAGGUGGUAGCUCCAGCAAUAUAUCCAGUGCCUUGAGCAACCCUUUACUUUUCCAAGCAAACUCACAACAAACACAUAGUCGAGGGGCAUUUGGGAAUCAGUCAUCUCUAAAUGUUGCUUCAACGAAUACAGACUCUUUCGAUAUGGGUGUUCGGGGUUCAUCAAAUUUCCUUGAUCAUAAUAGAUGUAAUGAAAACUGGCAAGCUGCAGCUCACUUAUCCAAGUUUCCAUCGAACUCUUUGCCACUCAAUCAUGAUCCCAAUACCAAUUUGAGAGAAAACAUGGCUUCAACCAGUUCUCAGUUUGGAAGCAGCCCAGUUGAUUUUUCAUCUUCUAUACCUGUUUCGGAUUCCAGAGGAGACUUGCAAUGCCAAACAGGAUUGACUGGCAAUGUCUUUCAGAACAUGAAUUAUUCAACAAGACAAAGGUGGGAAGAAGGUAGACUGGAUUACAACCAAGGAUUAAGUAAUUCAUAUGGCAAUGCAGAUUCCAUAAUGCCUGCCAAUGGUAUUGCUUUGGACCAAACCAAGUCCCAAGAUAGUUUUAUUCAGAAUAAUUAUGAUUCCUUGGAUGAUAUAAUGAACGCGAUGAUUAAACGGGAGUCGAAUGGACCAAUGUUGAUUGAUGGUGAAUUUGGGUUUGAUGCUUAUUCUCUCGGGUCUUGCAUGUGAAAUUGGUUGAUUCCCCGAGUAUCGGAUGACAUAAAGGGUGACAAGAACUCGAGUUCUCAACUCAGUUAGGAGUUUGUAUUAUCAUGUAAUAUGCUAUACUUUGAUCUUAUGUAAUUUUUAUCGCCACUCUUUUCUCGCUACAUUUAUUUGCUCUCGUAGUCGACGAUAGAAGUCCUUUUUCUUUGAAAAA